AUGGCUUUCAGAGUAGAGGUGGAGACUGCGGCAUUGAAAGCGCUUGCGAGAGCAUUUCACGUGAUUGCUCGUCAAGCCACCGUGGCGCACAUGGUGUUCCAACCCGACACUUUGUUGCUACGCGCGAAGAAUAAAGAGAAGACUGCCUACGCCGAGUUCACGUUUGAAACGAACAUUUUCAACAAAUACGACGUGCCUGAAGAUGUUUUUGGAGACGAAAGAGUGGAGAAAAUGUUUUUCAUGCAGCACAUGAUGAAACAUUUCAAAUCUAUUGGGGAUCUGGAUCAAGUGCGUCUGUUCACCUUGACUUUUGAUUCCGUGGAAUCAUCGGAGUAUAUUCUUCGAUUUGAUCACUAUGCUGGUUGGGUGAAGAAAGCAUUCCAUCAUUUUUCGGAACCUGUUGAAAUGAAGCCCGUCACAACUCGACCAAAAGAAAAUGAGCUCGAGAUAGAAGUAGAUAAACUUAUCAGCAUUUUGGAAGGAUUCCAACGUCAGGAGCGUUUUCUCACCUUCAUUUUAGAUUCCGAAGGGGUUACGUUGAAAAAUUAUCACCCCCCUGGAAGACCAAAAAGUGUGCGAACAGAAACGAGGUUGAAUGCGAAUGAAUUCGCAUUGUAUAAAGUGGAUACGUCGAAUGGGCCAGUUACCUUCACAUUUCCGUUACUUGGACUACGAAGACUUCUCACUCAUGGAAAUCUGGAAACCUUGGUCCUUACAUUUGAUGGACUUGGUGACCGUAGCCCCUUAUUGAUGUGGUCACUGCUCCCGGAAGACACGAGAAUCAAUGGCAUCUUCUUACAAUCAUUGGUUGCAACCUGUUCGAAAGAUUCAUCCUCAGUUGUGCGAAAUGCCUCUGUUCGAAAAGAUCGCGCCAGGGAUUCAGUAAUGAAUGCUGUUCCAGUUUCUUCGUCGAAUUUGCAAACUGAUGGCCGUAGCAUGGGUUGUAAUGGCAUCAGCCAGUUUACCUCGACGGAACGAGGGGAGAAGAGGUUACGAUUAUCAGAAAUGGCGUCACAUGAGUCUGGGGAAGAAGUGUCGGACUUUCAGCGAGAUUUGCAGGAGUAUAGAGCGAGAAGAUCAGCAAUGGAGCAGAGUGAUUUAGUGCAGGUUUUUGCGGAUAUUUGGAAUCCCGAAGCGGGUGAUGCUUCGGGAGAGGACGAUCCUGAUGAUUAUGUGGAGUCCCAGGCUGCCUUCGGUUGAAUUGAUGCUCUUUUUUUUAUUUUUUGAAGAAGAUACAUUUUGGAUUUUGAAGUAUAUUUUUUCUUAUGCCAA